AAAUCCUCUGCCAUCCUUCCGAGGAACUUCCUCCAUCUCUACCACCAUUGACUUCUCUGUUUCCCUUCAGAUUCCAAAAUUUGAYCAGUUUUCCCACUUUCCCACAUAUAAUCCAUCUCCUUCUUCUCGAUUUCCAAAUUUCCCAUCUGGGUUUUUUGAUUCUUGUGUUUCUUAAUCCAAUUUCUUCUUCCUUCUGCUUCUUGUUGUUCGUGGAUUCGUGAAGGUUGCAGAAGAGAAGCAACAGAGGACAUGAACGAUUUGUUCUCCUCCCGCUCUUUCCCCCGCGAAGGCCAUGUCGUGGAGAUGGCCAACGCCUCCUCCUCCCCCACCGCCGUAAAUCUCGACAAGUUCUUUGAAGAUGUGGAGUCUGUCAAAGACGAGCUCAAGGAGCUGGAUCGGCUCUACCAGAACCUCCAUGACUCCCACGAGCAGAGCAAGACGCUUCACAAUGCUAAGGCCGUCAAGGACCUCCGAUCCCGCAUGGAUUCCGAUGUUGCCCUAGCCCUCAAGAAGGCCAAGCUCAUUAAGGUCCGAUUGGAGGCUCUUGAUCGCUCCAAUGCCGCCAAUCGGAGCCUCCCCGGUUGCGGCCCCGGCUCCUCCUCCGACCGGACCAGGACCUCCGUAGUCAACGGCUUGAGGAAGAAAUUGCAGGACUCCAUGGAGAGCUUCAACAAUCUCAGGCAGAAGAUCUCCUCCGAGUACAGGGAGACCGUGCAACGGAGAUAUUAUACUGUCACCGGCGAGAGCCCCGACGAGAAGACCAUUGAUAUCUUGAUUUCUACAGGUGAAAGUGAGACAUUCUUGCAGAAAGCCAUUCAAGAACAAGGUAGAGGCAGAAUCUUAGACACCAUAAACGAGAUCCAGGAGAGGCAUGAUGCAGUAAAAGACCUGGAAAGGAACCUCAAGGAGCUGCACCAAGUUUUCUUGGACAUGGCAGUCUUGGUGCAGGCUCAAGGUGAGCAACUCGACGACAUCGAAAGCCAAGUCAACAGGGCUCAUUCUUUUGUCCGAGGCGGUACUCAGCAGUUGCAGACAGCCAGAGUUUACCAGAAAAACACUCGGAAAUGGACAAUCAUCGGAAUCAUCAUUCUGCUGCUCAUAGUCUUGGUGAUCGUCCUCAGCCUGCAACCUUGGAAGAAGAAUAAUAGUGGUUCGAACACUCCAGUCUAAGGCCUCUUUCCUACGAAGCCUGGCAAGUAGUCUCCUACCGAAAAACUCUCGAUCAGGCUCUCACAUAGUACUUCUGUAUGUUACUGCCCAUAUUAUUUGAGACAUCAGGAUCCCUUUAUCUAUCUUUUACCUCAUUUUGUUUCCAUUUUUUAUUAGUAUCAUUAUUUCUUUAAUUCUGUAACAGUUAGGGCAUGAUGAGGUUAGAUUAGAUGGAUAUAGAUUUGCUUGAUGAAAACCUUGAGGCCUUGAUAUCAUUGACUUGGAUUUAGACAUUGUUGUAUUGUAUACACCCUUUUGGAAUUUAGAUUCUUUUGUGUAAURGAUUUUAUAUUUUGGGAGUGAAUAAGUUUAUACUGCGUUUUUUCUUUC